AUGCCCUUACUCACUUACCAAGUACUCAUCGUAUUGCUACACAUCCUCCGACUUUCUCGAGCACAUCUAGAAGUAGAGAGAGCAAAUCAAAAGGCUGUCUUACUUUCUCAAGUCAAAACGCUGACUUUCUCCGCAAAGAACCACACAAACAGCUUCCGGACACCUGCAAUUCCCCAACUUACAUGCGACGGACCCGGUUGCAGACUUUAUCGAGUGCAAAAUAUGUGCUGCAAAAAUCUCGGGGCCAGCGCUGGCAAAAAUAAAGAAGCGAUAGAAUGGGCGUGCUCGGCCACUGUUCCCGACGGAUUCAAACUGGAAUGUACUGGUGUUUCUUGUGAGGGUUACCGUCACAAAGAUGAUCCUUUCAUUCUGCGAGGAAGCUGUGGGGUAAAAUACAGACUUCUUCUUACAGAGGCUGGCGAAGCCAAGUAUGGGAGAGCUGCGAAGCCCAUCGAAGCUCGUGAUAUGGGUCGAAUGGGCAUGACUUGGGUUGAUUGGUUUCUCAGACUUUGCUUUGUUGUCGUUGGUUUACUUUCGAUCCUGAAUUGGAUCUUCCGUGGAUCCCAACAGCCUCGAGACGAAGAACUUCAAAGACUAGGGCGGUUCCACAGCGCAUACCGGGUUCCAUAUUCAAGCAGCCCUGUGAGAGAUAGUAGCAGAAGAGCUUCGUAUAAGUCGUCGUCGUCCUCAUCAUCCUCUUUGACGGUCUGCUCUCCCAGUACUGGCUUUGGAUUAACGUCUCGUAGAUGA